AUGACUACAUUCCAUCCACUUAUGGACCCUACUCACCCCCUCAUGCCAAACACCCUGUUCAUGAUGGCAAUGACCCAGCUUGAGCACUACAGUGCCAUGCUGCAAGUGCUGCAGAUUGAGCAGGUUCUUGAUCAACACACAAACUGGCCUGUGCAACCUGCUGAUUGGCUCAUUUACAUGGCAGAUGCAGAUGCAUUGCUGGCUGUCAUACCAUGCAGACGCAUGCUGGCAGAGUUGAGAAGUGGAAAUUUGAAGGUGUUGUUGGUGCUGGAUGUGUUUCUUUUUAAACAAGGCUUUCUUCCAGGCUCAACAAAUGGACUGAUUGACUAUGUGCAGAGGUUUGAAUGGCAAGUUGUUGGAUGGGAAGGAUGGUCAGAACACCUCCAGAACCUGCCCUUGGUACAUCCAUCAUUCCUGAUCAUGCAGAUCAGUGUGCACAGUGCUGAAGAGGGAAAGCUCAUAUGGAAGAAGCACCCCCGCAUGGAGCUGGUUGAUAACAUUGCAGAGCUCCUGAAUUUUUUUUUUUCAUUUUCUUGUCUUAACAUGGUGGAACAUCUUGACAUUGGUGAGCUUGUGGAUAUCAUGGUCCUGAUUGACAGGAUGGGUGGGCUCUUCAAGAGUGGGGUACUAGCAGGGGCAAAGGCAACAAAGGGUCAUCAGCCUGUUCCGUCUUCCACUCGUUGCGAGCUGUGGGUCAUGGACAAUUCCCUCACCUGCAUGCACAUUGUCCUUUGGGAUCAUGCUGUGCACAGCUUUGAAGCUGCUCCAGGCUGCAUGCUGGUGGUGAAGUCUGCUGCCAUCAGCUAUCUGAAUGGUCCUUGCUUAAAGACUGAUGUUGCGCACACUAAGGUGCUGACAAAGUACAACAAUGUGGCUACACAGGCACUUUUGUUUUGGUAUCAUCACCAGGGCAGUAAGGAUAAGAAGAAGUGGCAGAUGAUAAUGGGAACAUACAGCUCCAAUGGUCAUGCUGACCACCAGUACAUCAAGGCCAUGGAAACCCACAUGAUCAAGUGGGCAACAGAGAAGAAUCUGGGUAAAUUGUCUUGUGCAACAUUCCUAGUGGAGGCAAACAUCCUCCUGGGAACCAUGUGCAAAGAUUACAUUUACUUGGGCUGUUCUUUCAAGAGCUGCAACAAGAUUCCAAUGCUGGACUGGAGGAAUGCUGAUGGCAGCUACAGCUGCCAGCAGUGUGGUGCAAACGUGCCAACCUUAGGCCCUAAGUAUCACCUCAACUUUAAAGUCAUGGAUGGGACAAAAGAAUGUUGGUGUCAUGCAUUCAGCUCUGCUAGUGCACAUCUUCUUGGUGUGGAUGCAGGAACAAUGCUGGUGUGGAGGGAAUCCAAUCAGAGGGCUUUGUGGCAGAUGUAUGAGAGGAACAUUGGUGAGCCCAACAUGCACAAGUGGAGGGUGACUGUGGUAGCUGAGCAUGCAAAAGCAGAAGGGUUUGGUGACAAGAUUAACUGGGUUGUCAUUCAUUUCAAGAAGAUGGAGAUGGCCUGA